AUGCCUAUUACUACGAAUGAGUGCAAUGACAAUUCCAACCUCUGUGUGUGCUCGAGAUAUAACUUCGGUAGGCCACACAACGUGUCUGCAGCAACUUGGCGCCGACAUCUACAAGAGGCCCCAGAAGAUGAGAAAGAGAGAAUCCGUCUGGGCAGGGUGCUACCAGAGCAUAUGGUAUAUCUUCCGGCUGAGCAAAAUCAUGCAUUGGCCCCAGAACCUGCUGCACACCAGCACCCUGAUCCUCCUGGUCACGGUGCUCUGUCUACUAACACUGCCCGUCGAACUAUUGCAUUACGGGAAUUUGCCAAACGCGCACGACUCGCUGACAGUGACAACUCUACUGUUGGACGUCGCAAACGCGCUCGGAAUUCUGAGUUCGAGACAGACGACAAUAUUAAUCAAGAUUCCAUAUUCUCUACACCCCGACCAAGCUCUAAAAUGAACACCAACGAACCACGCGGUCGCAAUCGUCCACGUGACUCAUUGAUGCGAAGAGCGCAACUCUUCGCAUCCGAGUUACGUGGAUACAUUCCUUCAUCUCCCUUGUCCAUUUCUUUCGUUACCUUACCUUGUGCUCAGACCUCACCAUCUCCUUGUCUCACCGAAGUAUUUUCACCUCGCCUUACGCUUCAUGUUCUCGUUCCGGCCUAG